AUGUACGCUAGCCCCAAUGCCGUCCUCCGCUUCGUUACUUCUAAGCUGCUGGGCCUGAGACACGUGGUCCAACUCACAGGCUUACGCUUUACCAAUCGCCGCUUUGUCUUCACCUUAGUUGCGCUCGCCAUCAUCGCCGCCAAGCUCAUCCAUAUCUACUCCCACGCCACGGCUCUGACGACGUCCGAUCUUAAGAAAUGGGGAUACUCCUUUUUCACUCAGGAUGUCCUUCUGCUUAUAUUGCACUCCCCUCCCCGCGGCUCAAGAUUCCUACGAUUAAUAGCGUACUCUAUCUCAUCCUUGUUCAUCGGCUUCGUCACCACUCUCAAUAUCAUCAACAUCUGCUUCUUCGUCGUUAACGGCUCCGAGAUCCAUUGGCGAAAUGUUGGCGUCGCAGGCGAUGCCGCCGGCCGUGCUCUUGUGCUGUCGGGACUCGUCUCCUCAUUGAUCGUCACUGGAGUUCUCGCCAUCCUCUCUUGGGCCUUCCAGGACUUCGUGUUUGCCGCUGUAGGUUUAACUACAGAUAUUAUCACCUGGCCUGUCGCAUAUAUCACACGUGGUCGGUUCUGCAGAACCAAACGCCAUUCGCCCAACGACCAGUAUUAUCAGAUCACACAAAGCGACACGGAAUCGGCCUCCAAGACCGAGAAUUUCCUAGAGCGGAAACCCAUCGGAUUUGCUUGGAUCCACUUUAUGUUGUAUGCCGUCGUUGCUAUCGCUCUACUCGCCCAGAUUAUCCUCUCGCUCGUUCGACCACACCAGCGUUCACUAACAUUUAUGUCAUGGACCCCAGCGCUUCUUCCCUUUGUCGACUUCGAGAAAAUGGCCCUGAACCUGGAGAACAUCUAUCCACACUAUAAUUUUGGUAUCAACCAUGAGUGGGAUAACCGUUCCGCACUGCGCAAACCAAUCCCACUUCCCUGGCUACCAGAUUACCCGUUAGACGGAUUUGAGGACUGGUAUAAGGAUGAAUUGCACUAUGACGCGUUAGCAGACUCCUUCAAGAUCUCGAACCUGGAGGAGGCACUACUUCCUCAGCUAGGCGAUCUUAGCGACGUGCCGAUCCGUCAUGUCGUGAUCAUAGUACUUGAAAGUACUAGGAAGGACGUUCUCCCUAUCAAGGACUCUGGUAUAAUUGUGGAACGCCUAAGAGAUACCUGGGACAACAAUAAACUGCCCGACGAUGUGCUGGAGCGCCUCAAAACAUUAACCCCCGUUGCCAAGUUCCUCACUGGCGACUACGACGACCACUUUGACCGCCCCGCUGGGGAAAAGCAGAAGAAGCGGGGAGGCAUAAGCUUCAACAGCGCGUACACGGCCUCCACACUGACGAUGAAGAGCCUCACAGGGUCACUGUGCGGUGUCAAUCCCAUGGUCGCCGAUUUUAACGCCGAGUACCAGCAUCACAUCUACCAGCCUUGCCUUCCGCACAUAUUGGGUGUGCUCCAUAUGCUCGGGCACAAUAAGGACGAGGGCAGAUACGAGUUUGGCGGUUACAAGUGGGCGUCGACAUUCAUGCAAUCUGUGACGCUAGCGUACGACAACUUUGCCGCCCUCAUGAAAAAAGUAGGGUUCCCAAGUGAAGGGCUUAUCGACAAAGACUAUCUGAUCAAGAAUACGGCCAAGUUCGGUAAGGUAGACCUCCCGGACAUCAACUACUUCGGCUUCGAAGAGACGCCUAUCGAAGAUUACAUCUGUGAUGAGUUCGAGAAGGCCAAGAAGAACGAUGGUCGCGUGUUUCUAACCCAUAUCACAAGCACGACCCACCACCCAUACAACAUGCCCGAGAACGAGACGUACGUGCCGCUAGGCAAGGGCCUAGGCGAUUUAUCGCACUACAUCAAUGCGAUUGGUUACGGCGAUCGCUGGCUUGGCAGGAUACUAGACACCAUAGACGAUCUAGAUGUGGCCAACGAGACUCUCCUGAUUUUCGUGGGAGAUCACGGCUUGUCGAUCCCCGAGAACGAUAUCCUGGCCUCGUAUUAUAAUCCGCAUCGCGCCAACAACCACGUCCCACUCGUCCUGUCCCAUCCCAAGCUGCCACCAAUUACCAUCGAUGACGCCGUCUCGACGCCGCAGAUACUCCCGAGGAUCCUAGACCUCCUCGUCGAGACAGGUUCACUCUCCGUGUCUGCCACCAACGCCGCAAGGGAUCUCCUGGGCAACUACGAAGGACAAUCCCUCCUCCGCCCAGUGCGCAAGGCAUCGUCAAAGUCUAGCACCGCUGAGGUGGCAUAUUGGCAGUUCACUAUCAUCAACCCCGGUAGCACAAUGCUGGGCAUUCGUGAUGCGCGGUUCAAAUCGUGGCGGAUUGUGGUACCUCUGGUGGGCAACCAGGAGUGGCAAUAUGUCGACACGGAUCGACGCGACGUUGAAGCCGUGGUUGGAUUCGAGUUUAGCGAAUUUCAGCAAAAGGUCAAGGAGUCAUAUGGGCAGGACCGGGCGCGGUGGGUUGAGGAGGCAACGUUUGUGGCGUGGUGGUUUGUGAACGAGAACAGCAAGCGAUGGCGUUAUAGCCUUUAUGAGCCCUGA